UUGUGCGUUGCAAUAUAAGGGAGCCACACUGAGGGCAGUCACUCUGAUUACCUGUGAAGGGGUGGGCAGUGUUUUCUGCGUCCAAGAUGAAAACCUACAUUCUUACUGCGGGCCUGCUGCUACUCCUUGUUUGCCAGUCUUCAACUUCCAGCCUCGAUAUUUGCCGUGACACGGACGCCGGAAUCGAAGUCUUCUUCCGUUGUGUUCGACGCGUAGGGACAUUGAAGUUGAAAGAAGCUCUUGACAGCAUCAAGAGGAGCAAUGGGUGCGACAGCGAUACCUGUCUCGUUCGCUUCCUAUGCGCGAACGGUGACCUGGUGGCAGAGCUUGGGAAACACCUGGCCGAAACGGAACUGAACGAACUGGUUGGCUUGAAACAACGGUGUGGAAUCAACAACUAGCAAUAGCCUGGCGCUGACAACCACAAGUGGCGGUCACGGAUACUGGCCCUUCUCCCCUCUACGUUGAUCUCACAAGGCGUGGAGCAGACGACGUGACAACCAUGCACUGAAACGUCUAUAUAUGGAUGUCCUAUAUUUGUAGCAUAGCUUACCUUGUGGUACUUUGUGAUUGUAUGCAAGCCUCAAUUGCAGAUGCCUAGCAGCAUGUCUUAGAUGAAAAUCUACCCAAUCUUAUUCCUUUGUCGGCAUUCUGACAAAAUAAAGGUUUUAUUGCAAGUAAA